AUGAUCUCGUCAUUUCAAAACUCUGGAAUGAUGGCAUUCGAGUCAGCUGAAAUCCAAUUACCUCGAAAAGAUUUUGGGAAGAAAUCUUCGAAUUUGGAGCAGAGUAUUCAGAAAAUUAAAGUUCGUAAAAGUCUCCUGAUGGCGGAAAUUUGUUCUUCGAACAAGGAAAAAGAUAACUCCAAAAACGAGGAAAACAACAAGCCAAAGUUUGUAAGCAAAGCGGCAGUGAAAUUUCCAACUGCCGAAGGACUACUUCCACCCGGUGGAUCUUACAUCUGUGAUGAAUGCAAAAGUGAUGAGAGAACACCGUUCCAGUUAUGUGAGCACAAAGCAAUUUAUCAUUGCCCAGUAGAUCAACGUGUCUGGAGAUGUGUAUACUGUAACACAACAUUCGGAAGACGUGGAGGUCUCAGAAGACACGUUCAAAUGGUUCACAUGCAAAUGAUGCAUAAAUGUCCAAUUGAAAACUGUCCACAUCCUGGAUACAAGUGUACAAAGGCCCUCAAUGCUCACAUCAGAACUCAUACUCGACCGUAUGCCUGUGACCGUUGCGAUGCUGCUUAUGCACGGAAAAACGACCUCCAAAACCAUCAACUCAUUCACAAUAAUCAACUUUCUCUAUAA